GGCCAGGAGGGGGGGAGGGGGCAAGGAGAAGGCCCCGCCCCCCGCCGGGGCUACUUAAGGCGGCGGCGCGCGUAGCGGUCCCUUCACUUCGGGUUCGCUCCUCCGGAGAAGAUGGGCGAGACGCUGCGGUGGCUCAAGAAGUUCCAGAGUGCCCUGAUCCUGUUCGGCACGCCGCUGCUGCUGCUGCCCAGCGUGUUCUUCUUCCACCAGAAGAUGGUCCGCUGUGGCUUCGUCAUCAUCCUCAUGGCCGUGUACUGGUGCACCGAGGUCAUCCCCCUGCCUGUGACGUCCCUCUUUCCUGCCUUGCUUUUCCCUUUGUUCAAAGUCAUGGAAGCCAAGCAGGUGUGUGUCCAGUACAUGAAGGACACCACGAUGCUCUUCCUGGGGAGCCUGAUCGUGGCCGUGGCCGUGGAACACUGGAACAUUCACAAGAGGAUCGCCCUGCGCACCCUCCUCUUGGUCGGAGUCGCCCCUGGCCUACUGAUGAUGGGCUUCAUGAGCAUCACGGCCUUCCUGUCCAUGUGGAUCAGCAACACGGCCUCCACGUCCAUGAUGGUGCCCAUCGUGGAGGCUGUGCUGGAAGAGCUGAGGCUGAUAGAGGACGAGGACCUGGGCUGCGCCUCCCCGGGCACCGUGGAGCUGUUGGUCAAGGACGACCCCGAGAGCCAGGCCUCGCUGGACCAAGCAUCGGUCUGGACCAGCUCCAGGACGGGCCCAGAACAGACGUUCGCUGCCACGGAGGGUUUGGCCACUUGCUCUCCCCAUCCCGGCCCUCCCCUCCCCCCGCCCGCUCCGGGACCAGCCGUGGCUGUGGAUGGGGAAGGCCCGGGCGACAGAGGCGACAGGAAGGCCGAGAAGAUGAUGGAGAGGAAGAAGACGGCCAAGGCCCUGACGCUGUGUAUCUGCUACGCGGCCACCAUUGGCGGCACCGGGACCCUGACCGGGACCGGGCCCAACGUGGUCCUGGCCGGGCAGAUGUACUCGCUGUUCCCCAACAACGGAGACGUGAUCAACUUCGCCUCCUGGAUGAGCUUCGCCUUCCCCAACAUGGUUUUCAUGCUCCUCUUCUCCUGGGUCUGGCUGCAGGUCCUCUUCGUGGGCACCGACUUCAAAAAGAACAUAGGCAUCGGGGCCAGGAAGACGGGGAAAGACUCGACCAUGUACAACAUGCUGCAGCGCGAGUACCAGAAGCUGGGCGCCCUCAGCUACGCCGAGGUCUCUGUGCUCAUCUCCUUCCUCAUCCUCAUCCUGCUCUGGUUCUUCCGCAGUCCCGGCUUCAUUCCCGGCUGGCAGUCCCUGCUCUGGAUGGACGGCAAGAAGAGGUACGUGUCCGACAGCACCGUGGUGAUCUUCAUCUCCAUCUUGCUGUUCAUCCUGCCUUCGAAGAGGCCCAAGUUCAAUUUCCGGAACCAGGUGGAAGAAGAGUGGCAGGUGCCCUUCUACCCGCCCCCGCUCUUGACCUGGAAGGUGGCCCAAAAGAAGGUGCCGUGGGGCAUCGUGCUCCUGCUGGGGGGCGGCUUUGCCGUGGCCAAAGGAUGUGAGGUCUCAGGGCUGUCCGAGUGGUUCGGGACGCAGAUGAAGCCUCUGGGCCGAAUGUCGCCGGCGGUCCUGAGCACACUGGUCACCCUCCUCAUCGCCGUCUGCACCGAGUACACCAGCAACGUGGCCACGGCCACCCUCUUCCUGCCCAUCCUCGCCUCCGUGGCUCAGAACAUCAGCAUCAACCCGCUGUACGUGAUGAUCCCCUGCACGCUGGGCUCGUCCUUCGCCUUCAUGCUGCCCGUGGCCACGCCGCCCAACGCCAUCGUCUUCUCCUACGGCCGCCUCAAGGUCUCCGACAUGGUAAAGGCAGGUCUCGUAAUGAACAUGAUCGCCUUGUUCUCCUGCGGGAUAGCCCUCAACACCUGGGGACGCAUCAUAUUUGACCUGGACAAUUUCCCAAGCUGGGCAAAUACCACAAAAGGCAACCGCAAUGACUAAGGGCUCAGGAGGCAGGCCACAGUGGGGGGGGGGGGGUGGGGAGGGGGCAAAAGGGUUUGGACCUGCUGCUGUGGCCAGAGCUUGGGGCUGCAUCAGAACUCAGGACCUGUUGGCCCCAGUUGGGUGAAGAUUGUGUGUCUCAGCAGGCUCUGGAGGCUUGAAUGGAAAAGACGUCCUGGAGAGGGAAGGAAAGGGCCCCUGAGUGGUUCCUGUGCUUUAUGGGGUGGCCUCAGGGUGCCAUACUGAUGCUCUGUUGCUUGCCUCUUGGCUUGGGCAGGGAGCAGGGCCAUGGAGCUCUGCCCAGGGAAUGCCAGACCAGCCACAGAGAGCCUCGUCUUCGCAGCUCGCUGGCUUUGUGAGAACAUGGAGGGAGGGAGCAGAGACACAGACAGACAGACAGACAGACACAGAGAAGCCUUUCGAAGCCAUAGGACUGCCCUCUCUGGGCUCUGCAGGGGUCAGGCGGCCCGGAGGGGAGCCCGUGGACUCUCCUCUCAAAGCCAGCUCAGGCCCAGCUCCGGGCCACAGAAGGCUUCCCAGGGAGAUGCUUUCCCCAUUCAGGGCAGAUGGGGAGGUCUCGGCCCUAGGCCGGGGCUCCCAUUCGGGGCUGGAGGCUCCCCAACCCCGGGUCUUGCUCUGGGCUAGAAGGGCACCCGAGGAAGCGGUUGGCCUGGGGCCAGGGGCAAGUCGAAAGGCCCCCUGAGCAGGCAGAGGGGCCCCCCAGCCCGCCUGGAAUAGGAGAAAGAAGCGGAAGAGAAUCCAGCUUCCUGCUUCCUGCCCCGCUCGGGGUGGGGGGGCACCUUCCCACUUGGGUAUGUUGUAGAAGACAGGACAAGAAUAAAGUGGCCCAGCUGAA